GUGUCAGCCCCGUUUCCACCGGCACCCGGUCCGAAAUGGCAGAUCUCCACCGCCAACUGCAGGACUACUUGAUGCAGGGUAAAGCGAACAGGCCGGCAGCCGCCGAGCCGCUGCUCGCCGCGAGGACGGCCGAAGAGCCUGAGGCCGGGGACGGAGCCGCCGCGGCGUGGCUAGGCCGCAAGGCUCUGCGAUGGCCGUGGCCGCGGAGCUCCGCCGAGCCGCCGCCCGCGGGCUCGCAGUGCAUGCCAAAAGUGACGCGCGGGCAGCGCCUGGCGGCGGGAGGCCUGGGUCUGCUGCUGGCCGCGCUCUGCUUCGGCCUGGCGGCGCUGUAUGCCCCGGUGCUGCUGCUGCGCGCGCGAAAGUUCGCGCUGCUCUGGUCGCUGGGCUCGGUGCUGGCGCUGGCGAGCGCGGCGCUGCUGCGGGGCGGCCCGGCCUGCGGGCGUCUGCUGCGGGGCGAGGAGACGCCGUCGAGAACCGCGCUGGCCUACGCCGCCGCCUUGGGCGCCACGCUCUACGCCGCGCUGGUCCUGCGCAGUACGGCGCUGACGGCGCUCGGCGCGUGCGCGCAAGUAGCCGCGCUGCUCUACGCGCUGCUGGGGCUCCUGCCCUGGGGCGGCGUGACGGCGCUGCGCCUAGCGCUUGGCCGCCUGAAUCGUGGGGCGAGCCUCACCAACGUUCUCCCGGUGUGACCGUCCGUCUUAGGAAGCGGGACCAGCCAGGCAUCGCCACAAUCCACGGCACCCUAGCGUGCGAGGACAAGGCACCCACUGGACUGUGCGCCGGAGUCCGUGCGCCUGGAGCAGCUGCCACCGACUGACGGGCUGGCGGUCUCAGAGAAGACCCUUCAACUUCAGCGUUCUGAGGUUCUGGGUGGGCAGCAUGGGCCCCGAAAGACACAGUUCACUAUCCAUGAACUACUUUCGAACUGGCUUUACAUGGACGUCAGUUAAAGGGGACGGCUGACUUGGCUGCUUUCGUGGCUUUGGAAGAACUGCCCCUCCCUUUUGUCAUUUAAAAAGAAUGUAGUUGAGCAUAGAGGUUCGGUUUUUGUCGCCACUUUUUGAAGCCUCCGUACUCCUAUUCAGUGUAAAUCAACCCAGAUUAUCGGAUUAAACACUAAAUUUAGCCACUGGAUUUAAAAUAGUGAUUAGUUGAUACAUUAUACCUCAGUUUUUUUCUUCAGUUAAGAGUAAAUAUGGUGCUUUAUAAUAUUUAAGGAAAAUUAAUCGUAAAAGCAAUACACCAAAGAGCAAUUUUCUGAAUCAAGAAGCCAGAUAUCCAGGAUGAUGCGUGGUUAAGUUUGCAGGUUUCCGCAGAACCGGGCUUAAGGGUCAUGGGAGACAAGGAAAAGCUUACAUCUACAGUUGUUGUGUUUGAUGUGAGAGGUUUUGCCAAUCGUUGACUAUUCCUAACAUUAUUGCUGCUUUUGCAAGUACUAUACAAUUUGAUACUGAUGCAAUGCAAAGUGCUCUUCAUCCAGAAUUGUUUUUGUUGUGCUGCAGUCAAACAGCAUUUAAAUCUAUCAUCAUUUAUUGCCAAAAACUGGAUUCAGUAUUGAGUCUUGAUACACUAAAAAGUAAAGUGUAUUUAGGAGUUCAUAAUUUUACCAAUGGUUCUCACAUCAAAGGAAGCCACAUUUCGUCAGUUCAUUAAUAUUAGUGGGGAUGGGUCCAGCCAUUAAUUAAUAUAUAUACCCAGAUGCUUUCAUGUUUGGCUAAGUUGAGAACCACAUCUGCGCACUGGCUGGUACAAUGUGAAAGUAAUUGUUUUCCAGGCUGUCCCCAUGUUGCCCUAACAGGAAAGGCAUAGCAGGUCAGGCAGUAGCAAAGUGAUUCCAUCAUGGCUCAUAUUCCAUUCUCUCUAGUGCUCCCCAGACAGACAAGGAGCACUCUCUUAAGAAAGGAAAUGCUGUUUUCAGUAGUGAUGUACAGUUUUUAUGUUACUAUAUUCAAGGUAUUAAGAUCAUCUCAAAAAUUCAUUACUUGAAAUAAGUUUUAUAAAGCUCAAAGCACAACAUCUUAUAUUUUGACAGGAGUAUUUAAAAUGCUGUAUGUAAAUGUUUACGUAUAAUAUAAGGGGCUCUGUUUAUAAAUGAAUCCAUCCUCACAAUGUGACCUGGGUGUUUAUGAAUCCCUGUGUAGCGUCCUGGAACUUGACUGUGAGUUGUUUGAUGUUAUGCCGGGGAACACAGGUGAGGAGGAACACAGCUUUUAAUAGUGUGGGUGCUGACACUUUCAUUUAUUUUUUAAAAAUAUUUAUUUAUUUAUUAUGCAUAUAAUAUUCUGUCUGUGUGUAUGCCUGCAGGCCAGAAGAGGGCACCAGACCCCAUUACAGACGGUUGUGAGCCACCAUGUGGUUGCUGAGAAUUGAACUCAGGACCUUUGGAAGAGCAGGCAAUGCUCUUAACCUCUGAGCCAUCUCUCCAGCCCUGACACUGAAGUAAAAAGAAAAUUGUUUGCUUGAAAUCUUCAGGUUCUGACACCCAAAUAAUCGUUUCUUCACUCCAUACCCAGAGAGAGCCAGGGAAGAUUUCUAUAUACUUGUCCAACUAUGGCAUCUCUUUUCAACUUGCCAAGUAAACUGUCUUCAUGUGCCCAAAAGCUGCUAAUGUAAUGAGAUAUUAGCAGCUCCAGGCCUGACCUUUUUAAUAAGAACUUUCUUAGAAAAACCAGUGAAGAGACAGCUCAGUGGUUAAGAGUACCAGCUGCUCUGGAGGAGAACAUGGGUUCAAUUCCCAGGAACCACUUGGUGCUAACUCCAGUUCCAGGGAUCUGAUACUCUCUUCCAGCCUCCAAAGACACCAGCCACACAUUGAUGCACAGAUAUAAAUGCAGGUUAAAAAAAAAAAGUUAUGAGAAACAGGUUUUAAAAAAAUAAGUUAAAAAGAAAAAAAGCCAACAUAGAAAAGGUUAUCUCAAACUGAAAUUUUGACUUUCAGUCUGAGUUCCCUCCUUUUUCUGGAAGGUGUGUGUGUGUGUGUGUGUGUCUGGAGUUAGAGGUAGUUGUGAGAUGCCUGAUGGUAGGUUCUGGGAACUUAAUUCCAGUCCCUGUAUGUACACUUAAAUGCUGAGCCAUCUCUCCAGGUCCUAAUUUGGUUGUUGUUUUGUUUUUCUUUGGGGGAGGGUGUUUUUUCCAGAUAGGGUUUCUAUGUAGCCCUGAAUCCUAGAACUUUCUCUGUA